AAGGUGUUGGCUAACUUCGCACAUGCAGAGGCGGGGUUCCUUUGUCACAAGUACAUAGGGCUCGAGCUGAUAGUCUAUUCCAACCUUCAAGUUAAAGUCUGGUUACGCUCUACCCCGUCGAACCCCUCCAUUUCUCAUCACUUUUUUCAUCCAUUAUUGCUACUCUAGUUUCCACCGCUACACCAUGACCCCGGAUUUCAUAGCCUAUUUGGCGUUAUCUCUAGUGUGUGCUCUAAUCAACAUCGCUCCAGCGGCCUCCCAUCUGAUUCAGGGUCACUCUGGUCCUGCCUCAUUUGGAAUUUGGGUGGUUAUUUUGAAUUUGCUGGGCUUCGUGAACGGAAUUUUGUGGAUGGACGAUGCACAGGACAAGGCUCCGAUAUUUUGUGACGUUUCUGCCAAGCUUACGAUGGUUGGGCCGCUAGGGUUACUCAUUGCGAAUUGUUGCAUCAUACGCUACCUGGCCAGAAUAGUCACACCCAAUCCUCUGGUGGAAGAAAACUCAACUACCCGAAUCAGGAUUUGCACCGAUUAUGCGUUGUCUUUUGGAAUACCUGCUUUUGUAGCUGUUUUAUCUGUGGUCUUCCAGGUUUCCCGUUAUGAAGUUGAAGCGCUAGUUGGCUGCUCCAAUGUAUCUGUUUUAGCCUGGCCCACAAUAUUCAUUUUUAUAAUUUGGUCUCCUAUCAUGUGUGGCAUCGCUUGUGGAUAUUCACUCUAUGUUCUCUACUGGUUAAUCCGUCAGCAUCGCGAGCUAUCCCACUUAAUAGCAAGGUCCAGGACGCCUUUGAAUAAAUCACGUUUCAUGCGUAUGUGCGCGUUGGCGGCCACGUAUCUAUGUAUAUCGGCCCCCUAUACAAUCGCUGGUACCGUUACAAUUUUGAAAGAUAUUGGUCCUUUCGUUCCUUGGAAAUCAUGGGGGUAUAUCCAUGAUGUCGAUAACAAGUUCUCCGACGUUCGAAAGAACGCUUCUUACCAACUCAACAUUCGAGAUUGGCUUUCCGUGACUGCUGGUCUAACAGUAUUCUUUUUCUUCUCUUUUGCCAACGAAUCAAUCGCUGUUUAUGUGAAAAUUGCGCGCUCUCUCCGUUUGGACAAUGUACUACAAUCUUCAUCAGACUGGCUGUGCGGGCGAUCAAAUGCUUCCAGGUCGCUUUUGAAGACAAGAACAGAUGUAUCGAACCACUCACCGGAGUGUGUCAGCGAUAAGCAGCAUCAGAUAACCUUCAAGCCACGCUCGAGUUUUUCCCAGCUUCCUGGUAGCCACCACACUAGAAUUGCCAAGGAAUCCUCUUGUCCCAAUACUAUUUUUGUGUCGGUCGUCAAACAUACCAAACCGGAUUUUUUUGAAGUGUAAACUGAUUUUAUAUGUUAUGUUUCCCCGGAUAUACGGGAAACCGAAAGCUAGCUGUAAUAAAAGAUUUCUGGAAUGUAUACUUGAUAUUGCCACUCCUAAUUGUUUUGGUUUUACCGCUUUGUUUUGUGUGAUGGUAUUGGCUUGCACUAGCUUAACUAACCCUCUGGAACAGAGGGAGGGGGCUGUUUCCCAAGGGGACAAGGAGAGGCUUACAAGUAAUAUCAGAAAUAGGAAAACAUAAGGAUGAAAUUUUAAGAAUGUGGAAACUUCAAGGGUUAAUUUGAAUCAAGUCAGUCUCAUGGUAUAAGAUCUCAUGAGGUAGCAGAACAAACAGGAAAAACUCAUACCUUCAAGGGCAGGGUAUGAAGUAACAGGCAGUGGUAGAGUGACAGGGAAUUUGAAAAGUAUGGAACAAGAACAAUAUUGUACCAGACAACAAGAGAGA